UUGUGUUCAUGUCUUCUCUUUUCUGUAACCCCUCCCUCUGUUUCUUCUCUGUUAGUCGCAGUUCUUUCUCUCCUUGUCACAUCUUCACAGCUUCCAUUCGGCAAAUCCAACAAUGACUCGUUUCCAUCGCUUUGAUUUGAGACAAAAACAUGACAUUUCACCAGAAACGCGACAGUGGAACAUCUCUGGGCGUUUUAAGGAUUAUUCAUGGUGAAAGGUGGCUGUCGCUGGCCUCUUUUGAUUUGCAUGUAAAGUAGGUGUCGCUGGUUAUUCUCAUACCCAACCUCAUAUUAUACAUGUCUUUCUUUUUGUUGUUGUUCUAAACUGUAUUUAAAUGUUUUUAUGACGGCUUUAUAAGCUCUUUCAAAAAAAAUGAUUGUGUAACUUUUGAAUGUAAACAAACACUCGUCACCUGAGUUCACACUAAGUCUGUCAGCUCCAUUCGACUCUAUUUGUGUUUCUCAGUAUAGUCCGUGCCGGACAGCAUUGCCGAGCUGCACACAGGAAGUGAAUUGUUCCAUGUCAACACAGGCAGUGGGAACAGCAAAGGUCAAAAGGUCAACAGUAUUCAAUAAAUACACUGAGUAGAAACUAAUAACAUAAAGUGAGAGGAAGACACACAGAGAGUGAAACGUUUCUGCAGCUGUAUACACACACAUUCCCUCAGUCAGGUCUGAUAGUUUUGCCUGACAGGGUUGUUUUCAGAUGAAGAACACAUCAUACAAAUUAUAUUACAUGGUUUUUGCUCACAACGGAGGCAGAAUAAUAACAUACUACAAAAGAAUCACCAAAAUGUUCACACCGCAGCUUUAAGUUUGAAUUUUGUGUUUACAUAUCAACAUAACAACAUAACCAUUUCCUCAGAAAUUGGGUUCUUCCUCAAUAGAAUCAGAAAAAGGUCCUAAAGAAGUCACAAAAUAGUAUAAAAAAAAGUACAUGGGGAGAUGAGAUAGAGAGGAAACCAAGUGGACGUGCACCACCACUGUUCAGGUGCUGAGUUCUGGAGUGUGUGUGUGUUCCUGCCUCAGGCUGUAGGUCACUGUCUGCUGACAGAUGAAUGGCUUGAAUGGCUUGAGCAGAAGAGGAGACGUGCACGUGCGUGCAGAGUCUUCAGAGCAUCGAGGUCGUUCCUUUGUUGUCUCCCGCUCGCUCGCUCACACGCUCUCGCAGAUGAGACCGACAACAAAGGUGAUUUUAUCAGCGUGUUCUGGAAGGCUGAUCCAAUGAGACGCCACUGAAAUUAACCAAAUGUGUAAAUAGGUCAAAAUCAUCUCCACCUGCACUGUUCCUGUGAUAUUUCUGCUUGUGUGUUCUCCUCCCUGAGAUGCAGCUGCGAGGAAAAGAGCCUUAUCUGUCUUCUCACCGCGCGGCCGAUGGGUCCACAUCUGUCCUGCAGCUUCGAGCCAAGGACGAGCAGAUGACCUGACGUGUCCUCCUGCAGACUUUCAUCCUCCCACCUGCCUCCUCAGUCUGAUGCAGUGGAAUCAGUGCCGUGGAUAUUAUGACGUAACGUCCUGACUUCAACAGCAGCAGCAGCAGCAGCAGCAUGAAUGACCGUGCAGGUGCCUCCGCCAGAUUCUUCUGAUGUUCUAAAGGAGUAGUACAGGAGUGCUUCACAUCAUCAAAAUGUCAAAUACACUCCAUAAAUCGAAUCUCGCUCCAAAGCUGCAUCACAACACGUCCGUGUGGAAGGAAUUCCUGUUCCCUCAAGGGCACUGGAUCAAAUCCAAACUCCUCAAGGUUAGACGUGAAUUGUUUACUGUUUCCCUCCUGUGUUGUGACUUUUGAUUUCGCCCUGACCUGGCUGCUCACCAGCUCGGGCUGCUCAUAAAGAGACAGAGCUUGUUGAAGGUAGCCUCCAUCACUUUGGACCAGUCUCUGGGUUUGUGCGGUCGCGCGUCAACGUUUUGUUUUGUAAAAAUCUCUCCUCUCAUGGAUCUGAUGCCUGCGUGUGACCUGGCGAUGACUCCAGUAGGUUUGGACGCCAUGGCUUCAGACCUGGUCUCCAUGUCCCCCAAUGUCACUGCAGCGGGGUCACCGGGCGUCGCUAUGGCGACCAGAACCUUACUGCUGCUCGUGUGUCUCCUGCUGGCUGCGUGGAGCCACACGGAGAAGAAAAGCGUCCCAGGUCCUUCUUUCUGCCUGGGUUUGGGGCCACUUCUGUCGUAUGUGAGAUUCCUGUGGACUGGUAUCGGCACAGCCAGCAACUACUACAACGACAAAUAUGGAGACAUCGUCAGAGUGUGGAUAAAUGGAGAGGAGACGCUCGUAAUCAGCAGACCAUCAGCUGUGCACCACGUUCUGAAGAAUGGACUUUACUCGUCACGUUUUGGGAGCGAGCAGGGACUGAGCUGCAUCGGCAUGCACGAGAGAGGCGUCAUUUUCAACAACAACAUGACUCUGUGGAAGAAGAUUCGCUUCUACUUCACCAAAGCUCUCACAGGUCCAGGUUUGCAGAGGACAGUGGAGGUCUGUGUCUCGUCCACGCAGACUCACCUGGACGACCUGGACAGUCUGGGUCACGUGGACGUGCUCAGUUUGCUGCGCUGCACCGUGGUCGACAUCUCCAACAGACUCUUCCUGGGUGUUCCUGUCGAUGAGAAAGAGCUGCUGCUGAAGAUUCACAAGUAUUUUGACACGUGGCAGAGUGUGCUGAUCAAACCCGACAUCUACUUCAAGUUUGCCUGGAUUCACCAGAGGAAUAAGAAAGCAGUCCAGGAGCUGCACGAUGCCAUAGAGGAUCUCGUAGAGCAGAAGAGGAGAGAAGUGGAUCAGGCAGACAAACUGGACAACAUCAACUUCACCACAGAGCUCAUAUUUGCACAGAACCACGGUGAGCUGUCAGCCGAGAACGUGACACAGUGUGUGCUGGAGAUGGUGAUCGCCGCUCCUGACACCAUGUCCAUCAGUGUCUUCUUCAUGCUGCUGCUCCUCAAACAGCAUCCAGACGUGGAGCUGCAGCUGCUGCGAGAGAUCGACACCGUUGUGGGGGAGCGACAGCUGCAGAAUGGAGAUCUUCCCAAGCUGCAUGUGCUCGAGAGCUUCAUAAACGAAUGUCUGCGCUUCCACCCUGUGGUGGAUAUCACCAUGCGGCGAGCGCUGAACGACGACGUCAUCGAUGGCUACCGGGUACCGAGGGGCACAAACAUCAUCCUCAACACGGGCCGCAUGCACCGCACAGACUUAUUCUGCAAGCCAAACCAAUUCAGCCUGGAAAACUUUGAGAAAAAUAUCCCUCGUCGUCACUUCCAGCCGUUCGGCUCGGGUCCUCGCUCCUGCGUUGGCAAACACAUCUCCAUGGUGAUGAUGAAGUCCGUCCUGGUGACGUUGCUCUCGCAGUUCUCAGUGUGCCUCCAUGAUGGCUUAUCCCUGGACUGUCUCCCGCAGACCAACAACCUGUCCCAACAGCCCAUCGAGCAUCCGCAGGAGGCUCAACAUCUGGGCAUGAGAUUCUUACCCAGACAGAGAGGAAGCUGGAAAACUCUCCAGCACUGAUUCUGUUACUGAACAUGAUGGGUGUUUCAGCACGAUUAUUCAGAACAUACACUGUACAUAUAUACAUGAUUGUUAUUAUUAUAUUAUUAUAUUAUCUCAUAAAUGUACAAAGCUAGGUUUUUAUAACACCCAGAGCAUCGUAGACUGUGUUAAAGGUUUUCAUUUAUACUUUAAAUAAAUUAUUGUUUCAA